AUGAACAAACGAUUAGAACAAUUGGCAAAGGAUCGAGAAGAAUAUGAACAAAGUCGUUCCGUUCAACCUACCAGUGAUUUUGUGAUGAUGGGUGCACUUAUGGUCAAAUACGAUGCCAUUCAAAUGAAUGGAAUGAUGGAGAAUGCUUGGUAUCUAUAUUUACGUGAUUAUAUGGACGAUGUGACAGGAUCUAUUUGGCGCGUUUUACAUGCUGGUGAUCAAGACAUAGAAAUGAGGAUAUCUUCACAUCAAGUAUUAGCUGAUAUUCGUGGUUCAAGCGUUCAAAAUACACAAGGUGUCAUGUGCAAACCAUCACCAACUUCCAAUGACUAUCGACCUGUCUAUCUUUUUUAUUGCAAUAAUGACAUGAUCUCUCGAUUAUCUGAACAGUGUCUUGAAUCUGGGAAAUCAACAGUAUCGAUGAAUGGACUAGAAUCAAAACAUGAAACUAUUAACAAUGAUGAAGCAAAUGGAUAUAUGAUGGAAUACGAACAAGAGCAUGAUGAAUUGGAUAUGGACCCAUGCAAGUAUUGCGGCAUUCCGGAAUCAAUCGAUGAUAUCAAUACCAUUUUCUUUUGUGAUCAUUGCAAUCAAGGCGUGCAUCAACUUUGUGAACAACCACCUAUUGCUGCUUUUGAAAUGGAUAUCGAUCCUUGGUACUGUCGGGAGUGCUGUGCAAUGAAAGGAUUACCAUUACCAACACCUCCUCCUUUUAUUUCAUCAUCAUCAUCAUCAACAUUGCCAAUACCAUCAUCAUCAGCCUCAACAAUAACAACAACAAUGAAGAAUCCAACCACAAAUGUCAUGGGAAUGGAUACUAUUCAACCUAUGUCAUCAUCUUCAUCUUCGUCAAUAUCACCAAGAAGAACUGAUACCGAAACAACUACGAAUACAAAAGACGACACUAUUGCUGGUCAAGAAACAGUCGAAUCAAGUAGGAAAAGGCAGAAAUUGGAUGAAUGA